AUGGCAAACAGAGUCUACGGUGAUGGAAUAUGGAGGAAAGAGGGGGGAAAAGAGAGGGGGGAUAGGCAUGAUAGGAAGGAAUUACAUCGAAAAACACGGGCAAAGUUAUUUAACUUAGAUCCGUCGACUAGUUCAUCACCAUUUGGGAUCGAUCGGUUUCUCUUUCUGGGUGUCGAUCUUAUUUUCUGUGCUGAUCCAUCUUCUUCUCCUUCUUUCUUCUUUGUUUCUUUCAAUUAUAACCUCUCUCUUCAACUAGCAAUUCUGGCUAAUCCUUGGUGGACCGGUCAGGUGGGGUUGCCGGGGGUUGACCCGGCGGCCAAUUCACCGUCGGUGAACAAACGGCACAACACCGACCUCUCUAUCAACGAAAGCAGCGGCAAGAACAGUGGCGGCAAUAACAGAGACGAAGACGAUGAUAGAGACGAACCCAAAGAAGGUGCAGUUGAAGUCGGAACUCGCAGACCUCGAGGCCGACCACCUGGUUCCAAGAACAAACCAAAACCGCCCAUCUUUGUGACCCGAGACAGCCCAAAUGCUCUACGAAGCCACGUCAUGGAGGUCGCCGGCGGAGCCGAUGUAGCAGAAAGCGUAGCUCAGUUCGCUCGCCGCCGUCAACGUGGGGUUUGUGUGCUUAGUGGAAGUGGCUCCGUCGCUAACGUCACUCUUCGCCAACCUGCAGCUCCGGGAGCUCUUGUGGCUCUCCAUGGAAGGUUUGAGAUUCUAUCCCUAACCGGAGCCUUCUUGCCCGGACCGGCACCACCGGGAUCCACGGGACUAACAAUUUACCUCGCCGGAGGACAAGGCCAGGUUGUCGGUGGAAGCGUGGUGGGGUCACUAGUGGCAGCAGGACCAGUGAUGGUCAUUGCUGCAACUUUUGCAAAUGCAACUUAUGAGAGACUACCUCUUGAUGAUGAAGACGAGGGCGGCAGCGCCGCUGGGCAAGGCGGUGGAAGCGGAGGCGGAGGGUCUUCCCCGCAGGCACAGCCGGGGAUCGGAAGCAGUGGGGGCCACUUGCAAGGAGGGAUUCCAGAUCCUUCAUCACUUCCUUUGUAUAAUCUGCCACCAAAUCUGCUUCCCAAUGGUGGUGGUGGUGGGCAGGUAGGUCAUCAUCAUGAAGCUCUUGCUUGGGCAGCUCAUGGAAGGCAACCUUUUUAGAGAAUUAAAUUAAUAAAAAGAUGAGUCUUAGACAGAAUUUGAUCAGAUCUAAUCAAUCAAUGAGUUAAUUAUCUGUUGAUGCUUUGAUUUUCUGUGGUUUGAAGGGGUAGGAAUAUGAUUAUUGAAUGGUUAAAUAGAAUUGAGGGAAGAUAAUCAUAUAAUAAUUAGAUUACUAUAGAAUUAGGUGUGAAGAAGAUCAGAAGAAGUAGUUCUAUAUGAUGAAGAAGAUCCAGGAGAGCAUGUGUUCAUAAUCCAUAUUUAUGUCCAUGGAGAAUUGUGAACUAUAUAUCUUUCUCCUUUUGCUUCUCUGCGUUUUGAAUAAAUUAAAAGAAAAUGACGACAACGACGACGAUGAUCCGAGUCUUUAUGUCUUUUGUUUAA